AGGCAUUUUUCCGCGCUUCGAUGGUAAACACAUUUUGUUUAUUGCUUAGCUCUGAGAAACCAAGACGCAAAAAUUGACAAAAUGUCCAGUAUUUUGCCAAAAACGGAGGACUCUUUCAGCUAUAACGAAAAUAUUAAGGCUGGGAAGUUCGAGGAUGUGAUUGUAAUCGAUGACAAUGAUCGUGGCGACUCUCUCUGGCGGAGGCGUGUGAAAUCGGAACCCCCUGAAGAAAAGCCCUGCUUAUCUCCACAGGACGCUAAUCAAAAACGUGCAGUUAAGGAGGGGAAGGAAAUGUCCAGGCGCGCACGCGCACGCGCUCGAGCCAAGAAAAUACGGAAGGCAGAGGCAAGAGCGGCGAAAUCGAUGGUUUCCAGGAAUGCGGGUAAAAAAGCAGAGAAGCGUAAGAAGCAAAAUCAAGCGGAACUCAAGAAGGCAAAGGGCUCCAAGAAGGCUAGUACCCCCAAGAAGGAAAAGAAACCCAAUAAUACAAAGAGUUCAAGUUCUCCUAAGGCUGGGAAGCCCAUUAUGGCAACCAGUGACAACCUGACGAUGGCCCUGGUGGACGAGCUCCACGAGGAUGGCCGUCUGCUCAACGAAAGGUGGCAGGAGAUCGAGGCCCAGCUGGCGUACGUGGUGACUGACAGACUGAUGGCCAUGCCAAGGGGUCCCGUCCCGUCCUUCGAUAGCUCAGAAGUGAUUCGUGGCCACCGAGUGAUCCAGUGCGAAGACGGAUUUUCAAAGGUAUUCCUGGCUAACUGCGUUGCCACGAUUAGCAACACGUGGCAUGACAUGCGCAUCAAGCUCGUCCAUGUCAGCGAUGUACCAUUUAUGCCUCAGGUGCGCAUCUGGUUGCCCACGGGUCAAACCGACUACAGCCGAAUCAUGACCUGCUUGAGAGCCCAGAACCUAGAUGUGGACAUGUCGGACUGGUCUGUCCUCAGGGCGGAGGAAGUCAUAGAGACCAGUCAGAGCUUCCUGCUCCUCAUCAACCGGAGGUGCAUCCCGCAACUGAAUGCAGCGGACUACAAGUUGCGCUACGGCAUACGAAUGGCCCAGAUCCAGCUCAUUUUAAGCGAAGCAGACGAUUCGCCAUCGCAGUUCGACAACUACCACCAAUUUUGCCGUUUUCACAAUAAGCCAUAAAUAAAUACUCAGGCUCAAAGCUA